ACUGCCAGUACAUGUACUACACCUGAACAAUCGCAUACUGAAGGCUACACUGGUUUACUGCUUGACCAGUCAUGACUGCUAGGAAGGCUGCGCAUGCCGGAAGCUGGUACUCUGACAAUGCCGCUGAGCUCGGGAGCAAGCUAGACUCCUACAUUGCACAGACGGACACUGAGCAGCACAGUCUCCCGGGUGCUCGCAUCAUCAUCUCGCCUCAUGCUGGCUACUCGUACUCUGGCCCCACAGCUGCGUUUGGCUUCAAAGCCCUUGACUUGACUGGGAUCCAGCGUAUCUUCAUACUUGGCCCGAGCCAUCAUAUGAUCAUGAGGGAGUGCGCUCUUCCGCAAGCCACAAUUUACGAGACACCUCUGGGGCCUCUGCAGAUCGAUACUGAUGCAAUUGCUCGACUGCGCGCAACCGGCAGGUUCGAGAACUUGGCAAACUGUUAUGAUGAACGAGAGCACUCCAUCGAGAUGCAGCUACCGUUCUUGAAGCACAUCAUGGGAGACAAGGACAUUCCCAUUGUUCCCAUCCUCGUGGGUGGCUUGUCAUUCGAUGUCGAGUGCGAGUACGGUGACAUUCUCAAAAACGAUGUGGCAAACCCUGCAAACGCGUUUGUCAUCUCGAGUGACUUUUGCCACUGGGGCCAGCGGUUUCGAUACAAAUACUUCCAUGCUCCACCAAACGAGCCGGUCAAAUCGGUCAGAAGCGAGAAGAACCUGCCCAUCAAGAUCUGGGAAUCCAUCGAGCUGAUGGACCGAGAGGGAAUCAGAUGCAUUGAAUCGCAGUCUCACGAAGCUUUCGCGGACUACCUUGACGAGACGGGAAACACAAUAUGCGGCAGACACCCGAUUUCUGUCAUGCUUGCUGCCAUGGAGAGAGCUGGCUUGCCUGGUGCUUGGCAACUGCUAGACUAUCGUCAGAGCAAUCAAGUCAUCUCCGGAACCGACGGCAGUGUCAGCUACGUCAGUGAGGUGUUUGUACUUGAGACUUGA